UUAGAGUUUCUCUCUCUUGGGUGCUCCUCUCUGUACUUUUCUGUAGUCUUGAGUAAAAGACAUCAUGAGGUCUGGUGCAGGUACAUUGAUGGCCUUGAUUUGCUUCUUAGUAUUUGCUCAUAUUGUAAGCAUGGGAGAUGCCCAUGGGCAUGGGUCAUCCCUUAAAGUGGGUUUCUAUAGAAGAAGUUGCCCUUCUGCCGAGGCAGUUGUGAGACGCACUGUGGCCAAGGCCAUUGCUCGUGAUCCUGGCUUAGCUGCUGGCCUCAUAAGAUUGCAUUUUCAUGACUGCUUUGUUAGGGGAUGCGAUGCAUCGGUGUUAUUGGAUUCUACCCCCGGCAAUCCAUCAGAGAAGGAGUCUCCGGCCAACGCACCGAGCCUGCGUGGGGAUGAAGUGAUCGAUGAGGCCAAGGCCAUCCUAGAAUCUCAGUGCCCACAGACUGUGUCGUGCGCCGAUAUCUUGGCCUUCGCUGCUCGCGAUAGUGCACACCAGGUCGGUAGGAUCAACUACCUGGUCCCCGCAGGCCGACGGGAUGGGAGGGUCUCCAUCGAGAGGGAAGUCCUACAGAAUUUGCCAGCCCCCUUUGAUGAUCUAAAACAACUUCAAGCCAACUUUAGCUCAAAGGGUCUCUCUCUGGAGGACAUGGUUACCCUUUCAGGGGCUCACUCGAUCGGCCGCUCCUUCUGUCCUUCUUUCACUGACCGCCUCUACAAUUUCGACUCUCCGGAUGGCCAAGACCCUACUCUCGAUCAAGCCUACGCAUCGUAUCUCAAGACCAAGUGCCCUGCUCCUGCGACACCCGACGUGACUGUGGCCAUGGACCCUUUGAGCCCCAAUGUAUUGGACAACAAAUACUACAUCAACCUAAGAAUGAACCGUGGCUUGCUCGCCUCGGACCAAGCCCUCAUGACCAGCCCGGCCACGGCCAGGAUGGUGCGUCAAAACGCCCACUACCCUGGCCUGUGGGCUCACAAGUUCGGCUCGGCCAUGGUGCGGAUGGGCUUCAUUGAUGUCCUCACUGGUUCGAAGGGAGAGAUUAGAAGGUCUUGUAGGGUUGUCAACACAAACUGAACUGAUGGCUUGAUUAUUUUUGCUAUUUGUUAGUUUAAUUCUUUAGUUACUAUGAUGGGGGGAAUUACCUUGUGGGUAAGGCCAUGGUAAGGCCACAACCAGGCUUGUAUUUUUUAUUUAUUUACGUUUCUUGAUGUUAUUGAAGUUAAUUAAUUAACAAAUUGCUAAAACUUGAUUA